CACCGGGCUUCAGCUCUCGCCGCAGCCUACUUUUAUUGAGCGCAGGAGCAAGUAGAAGUCUGUUUAGUCUGUCUGUGCUGCAGUUUCUCGAAACCGAGGGGGGUGGGUGGGAAAAAAGGAAAAAGAGACUGAAGUUUGUUUCGAAAACCCUCUCGCCUGGCAGAAAUGACGACCAUUCGGAAGAAGUUGGUGAUUGUUGGGGAUGGAGCUUGUGGGAAAACGUGUCUUCUCAUCGUCUUCAGCAAGGACCAGUUUCCUGAGGUCUACGUCCCAACCGUGUUUGAAAACUACAUUGCUGAUAUUGAAGUUGAUGGAAAACAGGUCGAGUUGGCAUUGUGGGAUACCGCAGGCCAAGAGGACUACGACAGAUUGAGGCCCCUCUCCUAUCCGGACACAGAUGUCAUUCUAAUGUGCUUCUCCUUAGACAGUCCAGACAGUUUAGCUAAUAUCCCUGAAAAAUGGACACCUGAGGUGAAGCACUUCUGUCCCAAUGUUCCCAUUAUCCUUGUGGGGAAUAAGAAGGACCUGAGGCAUGAUGAAAACACACGGCGAGAUCUGGCCAAGGUGAAGCAGGAGCCGGUGAAGACCGAGGAAGGAAGAGACAUGGCCAGCAGGAUCAGCGCUUUUGGCUACUUGGAGUGCUCUGCCAAGACGAACGAAGGAGUGCGGGAAGUGUUCGAGUUAGCCACUACAGCAGCGUUGCAGGUUCGCAAGUGCAAGCCGGGAAGAGGCUGUACACUUCUGUGAGCUGUCCAGAACCUGACACCAUCAGAAACCAAGACACGUGAAAAGAACUGACCUGUUACCAAAUGGAUCUUUGUACUGUAUCGUUAAAACGGCUAAUUAACAGAAUACAACAAACCUAGAACAGGUUAAGGACUUGGCUGUAUUACAACUGUGGUUAAAAAUAGAAAAAAAGUUAUAUUUAAGCAUCCUUAUCGGUUUGUUUCUUUUAAUCUUUCUGCGUGACCCUCACCCCAAAUGUGUAACAUGACAGGGCUAUGAAAGGUGCACAGAUAAAAGCAGUAAUGUCUUUCACAAGCUUUGAGUUUUGCAUCCUUCUUGGCUAAUCUGCUUUCUAUGGAUGAGGUUUUGUGUCCUUUUAGUGGUUUUAAGGGAUGAAAAUAAUGACUUAAGUUUCUACGCUACUUAUGUAGCAUCUGUUUGUAAAUCAGCCACCAUUUCAGCUGUAAAUUCAAAGCAAAUCCUAAACUAAGCCAUAGCCUUUGGUGCUGCUGAUAACAGGGAAAAAAGUUGCUGGUGUCACUUCAGCAGGCAGGAAAAUCCCCCUCAUUGUUCGUUUCCAGUUUACUCAGGAUGAAGCCAGACCGCCACUUCCAUCAUGACGUAAAUGAUCUGCAGGGGCGUGAGCUUUCUAUUCUGCAUCAGAAUAUUUUAGUCGUCUCCCAUAAAUGUUGUAAAGCUGUGCAGCGACGUUAGACGCACAAGCCAGUGUGACUCAUCCUUGAACAGCUGUCUGAAUCAACAGAAUGGUGCAUUAUCUGAGAGAUCAAACAAGGGACUGUGUUUACUUCUUCCGCUACCGUUCAACUGAGUCACAGCUACCAGUUACCCAGUUAGCACAAGUAUGAAAACAAAACACGUCCUGUUUGCGCGCAGCACGUUUCCAGUAAGACAUUUUUUUUAAGUUCUGAGAAGAGCUGAAAAGAGAUUGAACAGUUUUGUUCCCUCCCCGACCAGACCGACCGACCGACUGCUUUGUGGAGACUCGAUACCGGCUGCUACAGUAAAGUUAUUGAUGCGCUUCGGCUUGGCUUGGCUUUUUGAAAAUGCUUUAAAAUUUUCCAAAGUAUUGUAAGAAAGUGAGCAGCAAACAUCUGAUGAAUCAAGAGAGAGAUGACACAGAUUUAGGUCGUGAAGGUCUGCAUUAAAGUUUUUAAUUGUAAUGUAUGAAUCAAAAUAAGUUGAUACAUUAAACACAAGUGGCCAUUGA